AUGGCCAGUCCGCGGAUUUCUGGGACUUGUAGUUCGAGGCCCGUAGGUGUAGGCGUGGGUCAGUCUCGGGAAUCCUGCGCUUCAGGUGUCGGAUUCCACGUGGGAGGUGAGACGCGCAGGACAGGCGACGCUGCGGGCAGGGAGGCGUUCUGUGGUUGGGAUGUGGGAGUGCCGCGGAGGUGGCGCAGGACCUCAGAGACCCGAAAUCCUGGCCGGCCGGCUGUGAGAGAGCGUGCGACCUGGAGGAGGACGCUGUCCUUCCAGAGAGGAGGCAAUGACCAAAUGCCAGAACUAGGGAGAAGCAUCUUCUGUAUUUCUGGAAACAAGAGCAGUGUAGUGACUCUUCAAAGUGAUGAUUACAAAAACAUAGCAAAUGAAGAAUAUUUGUCUUUGAAAGUCCCAAGCCAAAUGGCCACAAAGGACUCCUCAGUGACACUCUGUAAAAAUGAGCCCCAGGAUCCUCAGAAAAGCAAAACUCUGUUUAUAACUGAAGAAGGCACUGAGAGAAGAGUCUUCGGAGGAGAAAGACCUCCCAUGGACCAUUGUUCAGAGAACCUUCAAAUUAAACUUCUGUCUGAUGUAACAGAACUGGUCUCACCAUUGGUCAGUGGUGAGGCAACUUGCCAGAACGGCCAGUUGAAAGAAGCUUUGGAUCACUUUGACUGUAACUGCAAAGACAUCUGUGGUUGGAAAUCACAGGUGGUCAGUCAUAGUCAUCGGAGACCUCAUACAGAGGAGAAACCCUGUAACCAUUACAGCUGCGGGAAAAGACGUAACAACAGCUCAGGCAGUAAUCCAUGUGACAAAAUGCACACUCCAGAGAAACCACAUAGAUGUAGUCGGUGUGGUAAGGACUUCAGUGAGCGCUCAGAACUGCUACUUCAUCAAAGGCACCACACAGAAGAAAAGCCCUACAAAUGUGAGCAGUGUGGGAAGGGCUUCACAAGGAGCUCCAGUCUCCUCAUCCAUCGAGAAAUUCACACGGAUGACAAACCCUAUAAGUGUGACAAGUGUGGGAAAGGCUUCACAAGGAGUUCAAGUCUGCUCAUUCAUCACGCAGUCCAUACAGGCGAGAAGCCGUAUAAAUGUGACAAGUGUGGGAAGGGCUUUAGUCAGAGCUCCAAACUGCAUAUCCACCAACGAGUGCACACUGGCGAGAAGCCCUAUGAGUGUGGGGAGUGUGGUAUGAGCUUCAGUCAGCGCUCCAACCUGCACAUCCACCAGCGAGUCCACACUGGGGAGAGGCCCUACAAAUGUGGGGAAUGUGGGAAGGGCUUCAGUCAGAGUUCGAACCUUCACAUUCACCGGUGCAUACACACAGGUGAGAAGCCCUUCCAGUGCUAUGAAUGUGGGAAGGGCUUUAGCCAGAGCUCUGAUCUUCGCAUCCAUUUCAGAGUCCACACUGGAGAGAAGCCCUAUCACUGUGGCAAGUGUGGAAAGGGAUUUAGCCAGAGCUCAAAACUCCUCAUCCACCAGAGAGUGCAUACUGGAGAGAAGCCCUAUGAGUGCAGCAAGUGUGGGAAGGGCUUCAGCCAGAGCUCCAACCUCCACAUCCACCAGCGGGUUCAUAGGAAAGAUCCUAUUAAUAAAUAAAGUCUUCAGUCAUAUACUCAUUCUGUAAAGACUUAAAUAUUUUUAAUAUCACUCUUUAUUCUCAGGAGAGAUAUCAUAGGUUACUCAGAUAUUUCCCUCACUGAAACUCAUUCAUUCCUUUAAAGUAUUUAAGUACCAAGCACUUUGUCAUGCUCUACAGAGAACUGACUGUUCUGGUUCCUCAGAUGGGUAGAGUGAAAUGUCUGUACUUUGCAGUUCAGCCAUUGUUAUUAGAACUAUAUAUCCUACCCAGUAUUUUUAAGUGCAAGAACUUUUUAUUUGUGCAGACAGAGCAUGUUUCCCUUUGUUCACAUUCUCUGAGAAAUUGAAACUUUGGUUUCUCUUCAAA